AUGGCCGAAGUACAAUCCCCCAUCGCGGCCGUCAAGGUCGAGGCCCUGGUGGUGAUGAAAAUCAUCAAGCACUGCAACCAGACCUUCCCGACCACCGCGACCGGCGCACUCGUCGGUAUGGACAUUGAGGGCACCCUCGAGAUCACCAACUCUUUCCCCUUCCCCGUGGUCGAGCUGCCCACCGAGUCGCACUUCGAUAACGCCGCCCCGAACCCCGCUGCCUCUGCUCCCCGCGUCAAGGCCAACGCCGCCUACCAAGCAGAGAUGAUCCGCAUGGUGCGCGAGGUCAACGUCGACGCUAACAGCGUCGGCUGGUACACCAGCGCCAACAUGGGCAACUUCGUCAACAUGAACGUGAUCGAGAACCAGUUUUUCUACCAGAAGGAAUUGAACGAGCGGACAGUCGCCCUUGUCCACGACGUUAGCCGCAGUGCCCAGGGCAGCCUCAGCCUGCGCGCUUUCCGCCUCUCCGCCAAAUUCGUCGAGGCUUUCAAGGAGAACAAGUUCAACUCCGAGGAGUACGUACCACAGACUCACGAAAAGACUCGUGAAACGGCCGAGUCGACCAAACUUCUCGCGAGUGAAAACGACUCAAAACAGCUAACACAUCAUUCUAGUCUCCAAAAGUCCACCCUCCGCUACCAAGACAUCUUUGACGAGCUCCCCGUCGAGAUCCACAACUCGCACCUGAUCACCUCCUUCAUCCACCAGCUGCAGACCCCCUCCGCCGCCCCGACCGACCUUCCCCCCUCGCUCGCCGCCCUCGAGGCCAGCCCUUACUCCAAAUCCUCCAUCCUCACCCCCAACUUCGACAACCUGGCGCUCAACAUCGAUCCCUACCUCGAGAAGAACUGCGACCUCCUCCUGGACAGCAUCGAGGCCCACAACACCGAGACCAACAACUACCAGUACUACCAGCGUGUGCUCGGCCGUGAGCAGCAGAAGAUCAACAACUGGAAGCAGAAGCGCACCCAAGAGAACGCCACCCGCGCCGCCCUCAAGCAGCCCCUCCUCCCCGAGGAUGAGUGGCAGCGCCUCUUCAAGCUCCCCGCCGAGCCCAGCCGCCUGGAGAGCAUGCUCAACACCCGCCAGGUGGAGCAGUUCUCUCGCCAGGUCGACGCUUUCGUCUCGGCCACUACCGGCAAGAUGUUUGCCGCUAAGGGCAACCUGCUGCCCGGUGAGGUUGCGAAAUAA